AUGUUUUUUGCGCCUGUUUUGAGUUUUUUUUUUUUUUUUUUUUCUUUUUUAAAAUUAAUAAAUACUUUUAACAUUAACAAAUUAGUGAAUGCUUCUUUUUCGUUUAACAAAGGUAUACUUCAAAAUGUAAGAACUGGGGAGGGUAAAAUAAUUUUUUCAAAAAAUCUGCAAAGACAUUACAAUCAUUUCUCUCCUCCACCAGUUGAAUAUUUUCCAUGUAAAAAUGAAAUACAAAAUGACAAAGAUGGAGGAAUUUUUUUUAAAAAAGAUCAAACAUUUUCGAAACUACUUGUUCACCCAACCCUAGUUGAAGAAUUAAACAAAAAUAAUAUUAUCACACCAUCAGUAAUUCAGUUUGACUUAUUGCAAUAUUAUAAUAAAAAUUCUCAAAAUAUGAAAAAUGUAAUCAUAGGAGCAGAAAAUGGAAUAGGAAAAACCUUAUCGUACAUAAUUUUAGUUCUAAACCACAUCCUUAAGCAACGCCCAAAGGACGAUAAAAUUUCUGUCUUAAUUUUUCAGUACAGUGGAUUACUAAGAAGGCAAUGCCACGAUGUUGUUCGACGUCUCUCACGAAAUGUUAAAGUAAAAAUCAACAUUUUGAACAAGGAAGACCCGAUAGACUUAAACAAAAACAAGAACCUGAUCCUGAUUACAUCUCCCGAACGGUUUGUCACUCAUAUGAAAGAAAACCAGGAAGCUGUAGCAACAUUUUUGCAAAGCUUAAAUUUUUUCAUAAUGGACGAAGUAGAUAUUAUGUUCGAUAACCCAAUCAUAAAAUAUAUGAAAAGACUUUAUGAGCAAAUGAAUAAAUUAAAAAAUACUAAAUGUGUUUCAAUUCUAACGUCAUCCACGUUAUGUAAUAAGGGGAAAAAAUCAGUAUAUCAAAACAUAAAAAAAUACGUGAAAGAUGCAGUUUUUAUAAAAACGAAUUAUCUCCACAAUAUUCAUCCAUUCAUUAAUUAUAAUUUUAUAAACUUACCCGUGUACAAUAUUAAAGAAAAAGUAAAAGCUAUAAAAAAUAUCCUUUCGAAAGAAAAUCACAAAAAAGUUCUCAUUUUUUGUAACACGGUUAGCAAUUGCAAUAAUGCAUUUAGUUUACUAAAAUCUCAUUUCGAUGAUAUUUUCUCAUUUAAUUCUUCUUUAAAAAAAGAGGACCAGUUUAUCAUUUUGGAUCAUUUUAAGAACUCAGAAAAGUCAAUACUUGUAUCAACCGACAUAAUCCAUAGAGGAGUAGAUGUAAAAGGAAUUACUCAUCUAUUCCAUUUUGAUGCACCUACAAAUGCUGUCAUUUAUACGCAUAGAAACGGAAGAAUAUCCAGAGGAGCUAGCACAGGAGGGAACAUUUACCUUUUUAACAAUUCUGAGAACUUAGUGACGAAUAAAAUUUACCAACUUCACAAAAAUAAUGUGAAAUUUGAAGACAUAUUUAGUCGAAAAAGGUCUUUACGAAAAAAUUAUAAAAGGGACUUAAAAAAAAAAAUCGAAGAAAGAUGA